AUGCCUCUGAUACGCCUGGGGACUGCCUCACCAAGCACCCAGUCCACCACGGCCGACACCCUCCGCCUCCUCUCCUCCAUCGCUCGCCGCGCCUCCGCCCAGAAGAUCGACAUCCUCCUCCUCCCGGAAGCCUUCAUCGGCGGCUACCCCCACGACCGCGUCAACAAGACCCGCGAGGCCUUCGCCGAGUACUUUGACCAGGCCGUCGACCUCGGGGACACCGCUGGCGGAGCGGGAGCCGGCGACGCCUGGGCCCACAGGGAGCUGGGCGAGGAGAGGAGAGGGGACGGCACGCGCGAGGAGCUCGAGGAGAUUGCGCGCAGCUCGGGCGUCUUCCUCGUCACCGGCGUCAUCGAGAAGGUCGGCGGGUGCCUGUACGGGUCCGUCGUGUAUGUGUGCCCGAGGCUGGGUAUCAUUGGAAAGCGCCGCAAGGUCAACCCCACCGACAUUGAGCGCUUGUUCUGGGCCCAAGGCGCCCCGAGCACCCUCCACGCCGUGUCGACCACCAUACGAGGCGUGCGCGUCAACCUGGCCGCGGCCAUCUGCUGGGAGUCGUACAUGCCCAUGGUGCGCCAGGCCCUGUACGCGCAGAACAUCAACCUGUACCUUGCGCCUAACUCGGACGACGGGGAGAACUGGCUCAACUGUAUGCAGACGAUCGGGUUCGAAGGCCGCUGCUUCGUCGUCGGCAGUAACAUGUGUCUUAGAGGAGGGAGGUCGGGCGAGGCUGGUGGGCAGGCGAACCGUCUCAACGGCAUUGGCAGCGCUAUGGAGAGGCACCGGGGUGGUCCUUCGAUGCCUUCCGCGCCGCCGGUAAGGAGGAGGAGGAGAAAGUCGGUUUUUGACGAUGAUGGGAAUGAGAUUGUACUUUGUUGCCCGGCGGACGAGAGCCCGCCUGAGGCUGUGGAUGACGUGGCUGGACCAGAGGAACAAGGCAAGGAUGACACGGUUGGGUCGCUGCCCCCAGUUGCUAACAGAGCUCCGCCAAGGCGGAGAAAUUCGGUCAUUUAUGAAGAUGGGAAUGAGAUUGUCCUGAGCUGCCCUGCGGAGGAGGAUGAGGCUCCGGGCUUGGUUCCUAAUGGCGUGUCUGAGACUAACGAGGAUGACAAGGUGGGAGACCUCCCGUCUGCUCCUCCUGCCAGGAGAAGGAGAAGAAAGUCCGUGUUUGAUGAUGAUGGCAAUGAAAUUGUGCUUUGCUGUCUAGAUGAUGGCACUUCAUCCGUGGAACCAAACAGCACCGCAGCGACAGGAGCAGAAACAUCGGAACCAUACAAAGGACCGUGGACAAGCCGUGGCGGCUCCUGUAUCGUGAGCCCUUUCGGCAAGGUACUCGCUGGCCCGCAAUGGGAGGAUGACCAAGGCCUUAUCUAUGCAGACGUCGACUUUCGCGAUUGUGUUCGCGGUCGAUUGGAUCUUGAUGUCGCUGGCACCUACGCAUGUAACGAUUCGUUCAAGUUCUCUGUUGAGGGCUUGAGUCUGAAUCCGCUUCCUUAUUGA